UGACUACGAUCUCUGGAUCUUACCCGAAUUCUCUUUUCGGAGGCUGCGAUGAGCUGCUUCAACGCUGCCCCCACCGCCGCCGCCGCUGCUGCUGCUGCUAGCCCUCUAUUGAUGAAUGGCUUUUCUAUCUCACAUGGCGCCGCUGUAAAAUGCCUUCUUUCUCUUCUCAACCCCUCAGAAAACCUUGUUUGGUUCGCCCCAAAUCCAAGCAAUGCCCAGAUUCCACUCGCCCAUGUGUCGUUCAGUCCCUUUUCAGCCUCUCUUCUCGAGGGAACCUCUCGGAGGCCCUUUCUUACCUCGACCCAUUGGCCCAAAGAGGCAUACGCUUGCCCUCUAGCGCUUUCGUCCACCUCUUGCGACUCUGUGCCAAAGCCAAGUCUCUCAAAGGUGGUAAAUGUAUUCAUCUGCAUUUGAAACAUACGGGGUUUAAACGCCCCACGACUAUUGUAGCCAACCAUUUGAUUGGUAUGUAUUUCAAAUGUGGCCAUGAGAUUGAUGCACGUAAGGUGUUUGAUAAAAUGUCUGUGAGGAAUUUGUACUCUUGGAAUCAUAUGCUUGCUGGGUAUGCUAAGUUGGGGAAUGUAUAUCAAGCUAGGAAGUUGUUUGAUGGAAUGACGGAGAAGGAUGUUGUUUCUUGGAAUACCAUGGUUCUUGCUUAUGCUAAGAAAGGGUGUUUCGAUGAAGUUGUUGGGUUAUACAGAGACUUCAGGAGACUGGAGAUGGGUCUCAAUGAGUUUAGUUUUGCUGGUGUUUUGAUUCUUUGUGUGAAGCUGAGGGAAUUGCAGCUCACGAAGCAGGUUCAUGGGCAGGUAUUGGUUGUUGGAUUUUUGUCUAAUGUAGUGCUUUCUAGUUCAAUAGUUGAUGCAUAUGCAAAAUGUGGAGAGAUGGGAUGUGCGCGGAAAUUGUUUGAUGAAAUGCUUGUGAAAGAUAUCCUCGCGUGGACUACUAUGGUAUCUGGAUAUGCUAAAUGGGGUGAUAUGAAUUUGGCUAGCGAAUUGUUUCACCAAAUGCCUGAAAAGAAUCCUGUCUCCUGGACAGCUUUAAUAUCAGGCUAUGCAAGGAACGGUUUGGGGCACGACGCACUCGAUUACUUCACAAAAAUGAUGAUGUUUCGAAUUCAUCCCGACCAAUAUACAUUUAGUAGUUGUCUCUGCGCAUGUGCCGGUAUUGCUGCACUGAAGCAUGGUAAACAAGUACAUGCGUAUUUGAUAAGAACGAACUUCAGAUGCAACACAAUAGUCGUCAGCUCUCUCAUUGACAUGUAUUCAAAGUGUGGCAUGUUAGAAGCAGGCUACCGUGUUUUUCACCUUAUGGGAAAUAAGCAGGAUGUUGUAUUGUGGAAUACAAUGAUAUCUUCCCUAGCUCAACAUGGUCAUGGGGAGAAAGCAAUGCAGAUGUUCAAUGACAUGGUUAAAUCAGGAUUGAAGCCUGAUAGGAUCACGUUCAUCGUGAUCCUUAGCGUGUGUAGUCAUUCAGGGCUCGUGCGAGAGGGACAUCGGUUUUUCAAGGCCAUGACGUAUGAUCACAGCGUUCUCCCUGAUCAAGAACACUAUGCAUGGUUAAUUGAUCUCUUGGGUCGAGCGGGAUGUUUUAACGAGUUGGUAAACGAGCUAGAGAAGAUGUCGUGUAAGCCGGAUGAUCGAGUAUGGAAUGCGUUACUUGGUGUGUGUAGAAUGCAUGGUAGUAUGGUGCUAGGAAGAAAAGUGGGUGAGCAUGUAAUGGAGGUGGAUCAUCAAUCUUGUGCAGCUCGUGAAUCUCUUGCAAGUUUGUAUGCUUUUCUAGGGAAAUGGGAGUCAGUAGAAAAGGUGAGGGAAGAACUGGAAGAGAGAUUGGUGAAGAAGGAGCGUGCAAUGAGUUGGAGUGACAUUGAAAAUAAGGUACAUUCUUUCAUUGCAGAUCACAUUCAUUGAAGGAAGAUAGGCACAUCCCAUACAGAAGAACAAUUUUCGAUCAUUGAAAAGAGGGUGUUAAGCAAGAGGGAAAAGUCGCUAAGGGUGUCAGUGCCUCAAAAUGCUUUUGCUCGUACCUUCGUCAGCAACGUAAAGUAGAGAUGCCAAUUUAACCUAAACAAAGAAGUAGAGGACGGAAGAGAUUUUUCUAUAUUAACUUAGCAGAAUCCUUAUAUAUAUAUAUAUAUAUGGGAGUUGAACUGCUACGGAAUAGGUCAACUUUUUAAACUGCUACUGAAUCCAUGGGCAGACAAGAGACAAUACUGAAUCCAUGGGCAAACAAGAGACAAUGUAGUAAACUGCUACUGAAUUCAUGGGCAGACAAGAGACAAUGUAGUAAACUGCUACUGAAUCUAUGGGCAGACAAGAGACAAUGUAAAUCUCUCUAUUA